AUGUCAUCUUCAAGUAAUUCUGAUUCUGAAACUCAAGAAUCGGUUGAUAAAAAAGUAAAAAAAGAACAUGCAAAUUUCACAUGGUUCAGAGAAAAUGAAAAAACAAAUUAUCGUAGACCAAUUAUGUUUCCUGAUAAUGAUGGAUAUAUAAUUGAAUAUACUCAAAUUAAGUUGAGUGAUAAGCAAAAUGCUCUUCUUGACAGAAAACAUCGAGAAUUCUUGAAACAGCAUAAAUUUGUUCUCGAUAAGAACAAUAAUAUCGUUGAAGCAACUACUAAAGAAUUUUUACUCGAAUUACUUUAUAAAGUUAAAUUAGCAAACAUCGAAUUUAAGAAUGGUUAUCCGUUUGAUUUACGUGAAUGUAAUAUCGAAAUUAUUUAA